GGAUGAGGUCCACAGGGCUGAUGGGAACACUGCUCACCCUGGCCAACCUGCUGCAGCUGGCUGGGACUCUGAGAAUUGCAGCCUUCAACAUCCGGACUUUUGGGGAGACUAAGAUGUCCAAUGCCACCCUCUCCAGCUAUAUUGUGAAAAUCCUGAGUCGCUAUGAUAUCGUCGUUGUCCAAGAGGUCAGAGACACCUACCUGGUUGCUGUUGGGAAACUCCUGGAUGAACUCAAUCGGGACAAACCUGACACCUAUCGCUAUGUAGUCAGUGAGCCGCUGGGCCGCAAAAGCUACAAGGAACAGUACCUGUUUGUGUACAGGCCCGACCAGGCGUCUGUUCUGGACAGCUAUCAUUAUGAUGACGGCUGUGAGCCCUGCGGGAAUGACACCUUCAGCCGAGAGCCAACUGUUGUCAAGUUCUUUUCCCCAUACACUGAGGUCCGAGUGUUUGCGAUCGUGCCCUUGCACUCAGCCCCAGCAGAUGCUGUGAGUGAGAUUGACGCCCUCUAUGAUGUUUACCUUGAUGUCCAGCAAAAGUGGGGCCUGGAGGACAUCAUGUUCAUGGGAGAUUUCAAUGCUGGCUGCAGCUACGUCACUUCCUCCCAAUGGUCUUCCAUUCGCCUUCGGACAAGCCCCAUCUUCCAGUGGCUGAUCCCUGACAGUGCGGACACCACAGUCACAUCCACACACUGUGCUUAUGACAGGAUUGUGGUUUCUGGAGCCCUGCUCCAGGCUGCUGUCGUUCCCAACUCGGCCGCUCCCUUUGAUUUCCAGGCAGAAUACAGACUUUCCAACCAGCUGGCUGAAGCCAUCAGUGACCAUUACCCAGUGGAGGUGACACUCAGAAAAACCUGAUGUCAUUGAGCAGUUCAGCUAUACCGCUUCCAGUGAGGAAGACCCCACCUCAACUACACACAGUACUAGAGCGUUCCACCGUCUCAGAAGAGAGAACUUCUACCACAUGGACUAAGAAACACUGUUUAAUUGAAGUAAAUAAAGCUGAGCUC